AUGGUGUCUUUGUCUCAUCACCAGGCUUUGCAACAGAAAAAUGUGGAAUGUGCCAGAGUUUAUGCGGAGAAUGCUAUCCGGAAAAAAAAUGAAGGCCUUAACUGGCUGCGCAUGGCGUCUCGAGUCGACGCGGUGGCCUCUAAAGUCCAGACUGCUGUCACCAUGAAGGGAGUGUCCAAAACAAUGGGCCAGGUGACCAAGGCCCUGGACAAAGCUCUGAACUCCAUGGAUCUCCAAAAGGUCUCUGCAGUCAUGGAUAAGUUCGAAAGCCAAGUCCAGAACCUGGACGUCCACACCUCAGUGAUGGAGGACUCCAUGAGCUCGGCAAUGACGCUGACCACGCCUCAGGAGCAGGUGGAUGACCUGAUCCACCAAAUAGCAGAGCAGAGCGGCCUGGAGGUGAUGGACCAGCUCAGCCAGCUGCCUGCAGGAGCCACCUCAGUGGGUGCACAGAGCUCACAGAGCCAGGACAAGGAGGACCAGCUGUCUCGACGGUUGGCUGCUCUGCGGAACUGAGGGCUCCUCCAGGAGUUACAGCUGUGUGGAAGCAGACGAGCUUAAUGCCGGCGACAGGAGCUGUGUGUAUUUCUAUUGAACUGUUGAACCUAACAGGAGGACUUAAUGAGCCUAUCGAUUACCAUCCCCCUGCUCUAUAAAUAUACACACACACACACACAGAGGCUAAAAAUACCACCUGAGAAGUCAUGAAUCUCUGGUUCACCUUCUCAUUUCGAUCCAUCUAUUCCUGUUUCUAUCUCCCUCUCUAAUUCCCCAUUGGAUCUCAUUUUACCUUUUGCUUGUUCUCUUUUUCUUUUUUUUUUUUUUCCAAUACCACCACCUCCUCCUCCUCCUCCUCUUCUGGCUACACUCCAGUUCUCAAAUCACACACGUUUGGAUGAAUGCUUUGUACAAAAUAAGAAACCCAUUGUACAAUCUGUAUAAUGUACAGUGGGGAAGAUGAAAAGGUUUUAAUGAGCUGUUAUAGUGAUUAUAAAGGAGUUGGGGAUCCCUGGCUCUCAAAAGGUGCGGGGUGGGUUAAAGAUGUAACUAGAUGUUGUUUUUAAGUUUGGUUGUUUAGUUUUUUUGGCCUCCGUUAGUCAGAAAUGGUUUAAAUGGGUGACUGUGUCGGGAGGAAGGAGACACAAAUUUAAUGGGAAGUUCAGUUUUUGCACUUUGAAGUUUUUUAUGUUUAAAAUAGACAGCGACAUGUUGGAAACACUAACUAAAGAGAAAUGCCUCCUUCCCUCAUCAGAUUCAUCCAAGUAACAACAGCUUCAGCAAUCAUUUCAACACUGUAUACAACAAUGGACAAUCCUCAAACCUUUUGUUUCUCAGUGUCAAAAUGAAUGAUUUCUGUGUUGUACUUUUAUUGCUCAGUCUUUUUUUGCUUCGAACGCCUUAUUUGGGAUGCAGGUGCUUGCAUAGGUGCUUCCCCCGCCAGUGCCUGAAGGACUGUAGAUUAGAGAGCAAAUAGCAAGCAAACUGAAACAGACAUUGGUCAGAACCCAGGAAGAGAAGUUGCUGCCAUGGUAGAUCCAUAUAAAUAAACAGAACAAGGAAUUUUCCAUUCCUCUUCCUGCCAGAUAAGCCUGAGAUGUUUUUGUCUUGGUGUUAGCCAGCUUCACAUCAACACUGGCUGUGAUGAGUGUGAGGUUGCCUGAUCCCUUUUUGGUUUUGGCCACACUGAAACCUCACUCAGAUAUUUUUGGAAGCUUCUCUGUCUCAAAGUAAAGUAAUCGCGCCCACCUGUCUCAGUCCCAUCCCUAACAGUUUCAAGAGAAGACCUCAGUUUAGAGCAGGGAUAUACGUGCUGAAGAGUCAGUUGCUCAUACUAAGUUGCCUUGUGAACCGCUGCAUUUACCUGAAAAGUUCAUUUGUAAGGUUUCAGGUAAAUGCAGGAGAUGUGCUGCAAGAUGGUUUGCAUCAAUAGCAGGUGAUAUUAAAGAAAUAAGAAGAAAAUGUGCAGUCGUAACAGCAUGAGUUGACAAAAGACUGAUUCCUUUUUUUCCCUCUUGCGUUUGGAGAUCAUAGCUGGUUUCGGUGCUUUCUUCUUUGGGCGUUCAAUGUAGACAUCAGUGAGAGGGCAGGCAGGCCGAAGCCAGACCUCCACCUGUGACAGAGCAGCUACACCCUCUGAUAAUGUCUUCAGUUUGUUGUCCAUUUUAAAACAGGGAGGGCUUAUUUAUACUCAAAGUCCGGCAGAUCUUUCAGCACUUUUGUUUUGUAUAUUUAUCUUGUGAAAAUAAAAUCUUGCCCUCUGA